GAAAAUUGUAUAUUUGAAGGCUACAAGCAUGUUUUGCUAAGUAAAGAUAAUCUGUUGUUAUAUUCCAUCAUUUCCUCAAUGGCGAGUUUCGAUAAGUAUCAGUAGUUUAGAAGGUCGCGUGUUCCAACCAAUCAUCCACCAGAUGAAACCGAGCGGCGCAUAAUCUGUUAGCGUUCUUCCUCAAAUUCAGUCUAGCGGUCAAUUAACACUGCCACUAGGACUCAUCUUCAUCAAUCAGCAACAAAUAGAUUCAGAAAUGUUGAAGAAAUUCUGCUGAUUGCUGUUUCACAGAGAUUAUCGAAUCUCACAGCUUCAACAUUCUCAAAUCUCCAAUCGAUUAGGGGCAAUCGAAUAACAAAUGCCACGGGUACUCAAAGGUAAAACACUUCCUCAACAUCUCCAUAACAAUUUCUUAACUCUGUGAACAAUUUUCAAAUUCCAUAUUAAAAUCCAAUUCAAUGGCAUUUCGAUGUUUGUGUUUCAAAUUUGUGAUGCAUUUCUCAAAACCCAAAUACCCUCUUCCCUCCGUAUCAUCACUCACACCAUUACACCAAUCUAUCUCAUAUGCUCUCCCAAAUUCUCCACAAUUCGAUGAACGCCUUGUUCUCCACCAAAUCUCUCAGCUUUUACCAAUACCCACUUCCAAAGUCCGAGAAUCUGAAUCACAAUUAGAAUCGAAGAAAUCGGUUGAUGGGUUUUUGUCCCCUGAAGAUAAACUACGCGGUAUCUUUCUUCAAAAACUAAAGGGCAAGGCUGCAAUUGAACAUGCUUUAUCCAGUGUGUGUAUUGAUGUGAAUGUUGAUAUUAUUGGUAGGGUAUUAAACUCUGGGAAUUUGGGUGGUGAAGCUAUGCUUACAUUUUUUAACUGGGCGCUCAAACAACCUAUGGUGCCUAAGGAUGUUGCUACCUACCAUGUCAUUGUUAAGGCAUUAGGAAGAAGGAAGUUUUUCAUGUUUAUGAUAAAAGUUUUGGAUGACAUGAGGUUGAAUUGUAUAAAGGCUGAUUUGUUCAUGUUAUCCAUUGUUAUUGAUAGUUUUGUAAAUGCUGGUCAUGUAUCGAAAGCAAUUCAGGUGUUUGGGAACUUGGAUGAUCUCAGUCUCAAUCGCGAUACUGAGGCUUUGAAUGUUCUUUUGUCGUGCCUUUGUCGACGCUCUCAUGUUAGUGCUGCUGCUUCUGUUUUUAAUUCAAUGAAAGGGAAGGUGACUUUUAACGUUGCCACGUAUAAUCUUGUUGCUGGUGGUUGGUGUAAGUUGGGUAGGGUGGAUGAGAUUGAGAGGGUUAUGAAGGAAAUGGAAGUUGAGGGGCUUUCUCCUGAUUUUAAUACAUUUGCUUUCUUUCUUGAGGGUUUGGGUAGAGCAGGUAGAAUGGAUGAGGCUGUUGAGGUUUUCAGUAGUAUGAAAGAGAAAGACACUACGACCUAUAAUGCAAUGAUUUUCAAUUUCAUUUCGAUUGGAAAUUUUGACGAGUGUAUGAAGUAUUAUAGUGGGAUGUUGAGUGAUAAUUGUGAACCUAACAUUGAUACAUAUACUAGAAUGAUUACUGCUUUUCUCAGAAUAAGGAAAGUGGCGGAUGCACUUUUGAUGUUUGAUGAGAUGUUAAGACAAGGAGUUGUGCCUUCUACUGGGACUGUAACCUCCUUCAUCAAAUAUUUGUGCAGCUAUGGUCCACCAUAUGCUGCUAUGAUGAUCUACAAGAAGGCAAGAAAAUUGGAGUGUAAGAUAUCGAUGGAAGCUUAUAAGAUAUUACUUAUGCGCCUUUCCAAGUAUGGAAAAUGUGGAACAUUAUUAAGUGUCUGGCAAGAGAUGCAAGAAUGUGGGUAUAGUUCAGAUGUUGAAGUUUAUGAGUAUAUCAUCAGUGGCCUUUACAAUAUAGGACAACUUGAAAAUGCUGUUCUUGUUAUGGAGGAGGCUUUGCGCAAAGGGUUCUGCCCGAGCAGGCUUGUAUACAGUAAACUAAGUAACAAGCUGCUUGCUUCAAACCUAACAGAGAGGGCUUACAGACUGUUUUUGAAGAUUAAACAUGCUCGUUCUCUAAAAAAUGCGAGAAGUUAUUGGCGAGAUAACGGUUGGCACUUUUGAACAGGCAUCCUAAUUGGUAGCUCUUGAAGUAGAUCCUCCUGCUUGCUUUUCACAUAUAUGGUCUUCGGCUACUUCCUCGCAACAUUACUGAGCUAGUAUGUCCUUACUUCGUUUUCUUGAACAAGAGCUAUAUGCUCGUAGGCACUUUUUAUUUCCUCCCCUUAGUAUUGAAGAAUACAAUGAUCGUGUGAUGGCCAUGGUCUGCUGAGAGGCUCAUGAUGUGUUGCUUCAGAAGCUUCUGAACAGUAACUUAUCAGAUCAAGAGAGGUUAGAAACUUAGAAUCGUUACUUUUAGGGUUUUGUCUUAUCAUUAUCCCUCCCCCAAAACACACCUAUUUUUCAUUUUUAUUAUCAUAUUUAAAUGGUUUUAUCUUUUAAAGAUUCUGAAACAAACAAUCGGUCUAUCUGCCUAUGGUAUUUGCUUUAACUAAAAUUUAUAUUUUAAAUGCAUCCCUGUCUCCAAUUGAGAAAUGUUUACAUUGUUGUAGUUUGUAUGUUUUGUUUUGUUUCAAUUAUGGGUCCAGUUUCUGCCACAUAUUGUAUUAGACAAAGUAGAAUAUCAACAACUUACAACUCACAAAGAAAAUUCGCAUGCUUGA